AUGGCUCAUCCAGUGCGAACCAAGCUGAGGGACCCUUCACUAUUCAAGGAAAAUGCAUAUAUCGAUGGCGAGUGGGUGCCGGCCACAUCGGGGCAGUCUUUCAAAGUGCAAAAUCCAGCAACGGACGAGGUGCUAGGUUUCUGCCCUGAGAUGUCGAAGAAGGAGACAGACGCAGCAAUUGAUGCCGCGAGAGAAGCUUUCCAAUCAUUUCGUAAUACUUCGGCGCGACAAAAGGCACGACUUCUUCGACGGUGGUACGACCUCGUGACAGAGAAUGCUGAUGACUUGGCUACACUCAUUACCCUGGAAAAUGGAAAGGCCUUGUCGGACGCAAAGAUCGAGGUGGAGUACGCCGCGAGCUUCUUGGAGUGGUUCAGUGACGAAGCACCACGAAUCUAUGGCGAUGUUAUACCAGCCACUGUUGCGGGGAACCAGGUGCUUACCAUCAGAGAGCCGGUGGGAGUGUGCGGUCUGAUCACACCGUGGAACUUUCCUGCCGCGAUGGUUACCAGAAAAGCCGGGGCUGCACUGGCAGGUGGCUGCUCCGUCGUGAUCAAAUCGCCCGGUGAAACACCAUUCACUAUAAACGCAAUGGUAGAGCUGGCUCACCGCGCAGGGAUCCCACACGGGUUGGUCAAUGUCGUCACAGCACUUUCCAACACGGUUAAAGUCGGCCGCGCGUUGACAUCCUCCCCCUUGGUUCGCAAGAUCUCUUUCACGGGUUCGACUCGCGUCGGGAAAAUCUUGAUGCAGCAAUGCGCCGAAACGACGCUCAAGAAGAUCUCUCUCGAGCUCGGCGGAAAUGCGCCCUUUAUCGUGUUCGAGGAUGCCGACAUUGACGCUGCGGUCGCAGGCGCGAUCUCCAGCAAAUUUCGCGCGUCGGGCCAAACGUGCGUCUGCCCCAACCGAAUGUUCGUGCACGAAUCCGUGUACGAUAUCUUUGCUGCGAAGCUCGCUGCGAGGGUGCGCAGCGAAUUCGUGGUGGGCAACAGCCUCACGACUUCGGGAGUCACUCACGGCCCGUUAAUCCACCAAGCUGCGCUGCAAAAAGUCGAAAGACACGUCAAAGACGCUGUCUCAAAAGGCGCCAAAGUGCUGGCCGGCGGAUCGCGACUCCCACACCUAGGAUCGAAUUUCUUCUUGCCCACCGUCUUGUCGGACAUGGACGAUUCAAUGCAGCUUGCUUCAGAAGAGACCUUCGGACCGGUCGCGGCGGUCUUUCGAUUCAAAACGGAAGAAGAGGUCAUUCGACGGUCGAACGACACCGAGGUUGGCCUCGCCGGGUAUUUUUUCAGUAAAGAUGUUCACCGUGUCUGGCGCGUGGCAAAGGCGUUGGAAGUUGGCAUGGUCGGUGUCAACACUGGAGUGAUCAGUGACCCGGCAACCCCCUUUGGAGGCGUCAAGUCAAGCGGUUUUGGACGUGAGGGAAGCAGGUAUGGUAUCGAAGAAUAUUUGUCUAUGAAAAUGAUUGCAUUCGGUGGCAAUACGACCUCGUUGAAAGGUCGGUUGUGA